AUGGCUCCGAAUGAUGGAAUAUUUCCGUCUCAGUCGAGGCUCACUACCAUCCUGGUCAACAAUUUACACUGUCCAUCUUGUGUGUCGAAUGUGAAGGAGACUCUUUCCACUCUAAAUCCCGCUCCUUUCUGGGUCUCAACCUCCAUUCUCUCACAAGAGAUCAAGAUCGCCCAUCCUAUUACACUGAAGAGUUCUCGGAUUGCGCGCGCCCUUAAAGAUGCUGCCUUUGAUAUUGACAGCGUCAUAGCCGAUGAUUCCGAUGAGGGCGACCUUGAGGCUCAGGAAACUGGACCUUCUACCACCGCCUGCCCACGAAGUCGUCGUGGCAAGACAGAGCAUGAUGCUCGUGUACAGUCAGAACUGCACAUAAAAAAAUGCGACGAAUGCUCUAAAAAACUAGGUGCACUGUCACUGAGCUCUUAUGAUGCCCCUCAAGAUGCACCAGCCACCAAAAAGAUCAUCCCAGCCGUCGCGGCCAUCAGAUCCAGCGAAGAGCAUCUCACGUCUGUCAUGGAUGACCGCCUCCUUGAUUCUCGGAUCCGGAUUACUCUGUCCAUUAGUGGGAUGUCAUGCAGCUCGUGCGUGAGCAAGAUCACUGGUGCUUUACAAACUCAGCCCUGGGUCCAAUCGGCGGACGUCAACCUUCUGACCAGCAGUGCGGUCGUCGUGGUUCUGGAUAAGUCCCAUGUGGAUGAAAUACUCGAAACUGUCAGAGGAUCUGGUUAUACCGUUGAGCUGAUCGACUGUGAAGAACUCCGACCCCAAAACCCAUCAAAGCCGUCAGGGCUGGGAGAUAUAUGGCGGGCCACGUACAUUAUAGGGGGCAUGACUUGCAGCUCCUGCGUUGGAAAGGUGACGGACACACUCAAUCACAACGCGUGGGUCACCAAGGUAGACGUGAACCUCGUCUCUGGCAGCGCAACAGUUGAAUUCCAAGGAAAAGACCACUUGGAAGAGAUUGUUGGUAUCAUCAAAGACCUUGGUUACACCGCCACUCUCAGCGACGUCGAGAGUAGAACCCCUUCCGAUGAACGGAACUCAACCCGUUCAGUCACUAUCGAGGUGGACGGAAUGCAUUGUAUGCACUGUCCUCAACGGAUCAUGGAUGCACUGGCUGUUUAUUCAGACCGAUUGGAGGUGACAGAGCCCCCGAGCAAGACACAAUCAAAGCUCACGGUGAGCUAUACGCCCGAUGCGCCCAAAUUCACCAUCCGAAACAUCAUGCGCACCAUCGCCGAUGUGGACAAAGCCUUCAAUGUUUCUAUAUAUCAUCCUCCCACUUUAGAGGAACGAUCCCAGGCGAUGCAUCGCCGACAGCAGUGGCAAAUCACUCGCCGUUUGAUUUUAGCAGUACUGGCCGCCAUCCCGACCUUUAUCAUUGGCAUUGUAUAUAUGUCACUGGUUUCCAAGGAGAACCCAGGUCGGAAGUACAUUGAAGAGCCUAUGUGGUCAGGCCAAGCCUCACGCUCUGAAUGGGCGCUGUUUAUAAUCUCAACCCCCGUUUAUUUCUUCGCUGCAGACAUCUUCCAUCGCCGGAUGCUUACGGAGUUGAAGGCUUUAUGGCGACCAGGAAGUAAAGUCCCGAUGUUGAGACGAUUCUACCGCUUCGGAAGCAUGGAUAUGCUCAUGUCGCUGGGAACCAGCAUCGCCUACUUCUCCUCCAUCGCCAUCCUCGCCAUGCAUGCCACUCAGCCAAACGAUAGCCCAAUGGCUUCCAAAACCGACUCAUUCUUCGAUGCAGUCGUGUUCUUGACCAUGUUCCUGAUGAUUGGCCGGUUACUCGAAGCCUAUAGUAAGGCCAAAGCUGGAGACGCGGUGAGCCUGCUUGGAAAGUUGCGUCCGACAGAGGCCACACUGGUCCACCCUGCCGGAACGAAUAGCGAAUCGACAUCUACAGAUCCACGCACAAUUCCAAUCGAUCAACUGGAGUUCGGAGAUGUGGUGCGAGUGGCUAACGGUGCGUCGCCUCCGUACGACGGGAUAGUGGUUAAUGGAGAGUCGCAGUUCGACGAGUCCAGUCUGACUGGAGAAUCAAAGCUGGUCGCCAAGACCAAUGGAGAUGGGGUAUUUUCAGGAACGAUCAAUAAGGCAGGCCCAGUGCUUGUCCGCAUCACCCGUCUUUCUGGGGACUCGAUGCUGGACCAAAUUAUUGGCGCCGUGCGCGAAGGGCAGAUUCGACGAGCACCAAUCGAGCGCACGGCUGAUUUAAUUACUGGAAUCUUUGUGCCCGUGAUCACGCUCAUCGCUGUGUUGGAUUGGAUCAUUUGGUUGGCCCUAGGCGUUUCUGGCCGUUUACCCGAGUCCUGGAUGAACAACAGUCCAGGAGGCUGGGAAUUUUGGUCAUUGCAGUUCGCCAUUUCUGUUUUUGUCGUCGCUUGCCCUUGUGGCAUUGGGCUAGCUGCCCCCACAGCCCUCUUUGUCGGCGGCGGGCUUGCGGCCCGACAUGGGAUCUUGGUCAAGGGUGGUGGUGAAGCGUUUCAAGAGGCCAGCCAGCUUGACUGUAUUGUUUUCGACAAAACAGGCACCAUAACCGAAGGCGGCGAGCCGUCAAUCACCGAUCACCAGAUUGUCGACGAGCACAACAUCGAGGAGAUUUUGGGCGCCGUGUUGGAGCUCGAACAGAACAGCAGUCACCCGAUUGCUAGGGCGAUGGUGUCUUUCGCCACAUCCAAGCAGGCGCCGACCCUGAAGGCCCAGACCAUGGAUGAGAUCCCAGGUAAGGGUAUGAAAGGCUCAUUUCAAAGCAAUCAAGGCUCGUCGGUUGUCGAAGUCAUUGUGGGAAAUGAGGCCUUGAUGCACGCUCAUGACAUAUCUAUCCCGUCGGCCAGUGCUGAGGUCUUGAACACUUGGAAAAACCAGGCCAAGUCCGUUGUGCUUGUUGGGGCCAGGAUCUCCCUGACAGCAUCGGUCACUGAAGCAAUCCCUUGGAAAGUCUCAAUAAUGCUGGCAGUGGCUGAUCCCGUCCGGCCGGAGGCUAAUGAGACUAUUCGGGCCCUGCGAGAUCGAGGUGUCGCGGUGUGGAUGAUAUCCGGUGACAACCCUAUGACCGCCCAUGCCGUGGGAAAGAUAGUGGGAAUUCCAACAGAAAAUAUCAUCGCCGGUGUACUACCUGAGCAAAAGGCCGAAAAGAUCCAGUAUCUCCAGAAAACGCUGCAAAAGCCCCCCAGCUCGAGUUGGCUCAGCCGAGAUAAAACUCCCAGCUCCGCUCGAGCAAUUGUCGCCAUGGUUGGCGAUGGAAUCAAUGACUCACCUGCUUUGACCGUGGCUGAUGUCGGCAUCGCUAUUGGAUCAGGCUCGGACAUUGCAAUUUCUUCUGCAGAGUUUGUCCUUGUCUCCUCUGGCCUUACCUCGCUCUUGACACUUAUCGACCUGAGUCGUGUGGUUUUUCGAAGGAUCAAAUUCAACUUUGCCUGGGCAUUGGUUUAUAACUGCAUUGCCGUCCCAGUCGCUGCAGGUGUCUUUUAUCCAAUUGUCAGUAAUGGCACCCAUAUUCGAUUGGAUCCAAUUUGGUCCAGUCUUGCCAUGGCCUUGAGUAGUGUCAGCGUGAUAUGCAGUAGCCUUUUGAUGAAGACUCGACUGCCACUGGUAGGCUUCAGGGCGAGGAAAUGA